AUGAAUGCAGAACAGGAAGCUGAACUUGCUGCUCUCCGAGAAGAAAAUUCUCGACUUCUGCAGAAUCAACAACAAAACGCAAGACCUCUAACACAACCAACAAUCAACCGUGUUGCAGUGAAACUUCCACCGUUUUGGGCCGAACGGCCCAGCUUAUGGUUUUCUCAAGCUGAGUCCCAAUUUAUUAUCUCGGACAUAACAAAUGAAACCACUAAAUUUCAUUAUGUUGUUUCACAGCUGGAUACUCGUGUGGCUUCCGAAGUAGAAGAUAUCAUAACCUCGAUCCCAGAACAAAACCCUUUCACUGUUCUAAAAAAGAAGCUCAUUGAACGCUUAUCAGCAUCAGAAGAGCAACGUGUCCGACAACUCAUCAGUGAUGAAGAACUUGGUAAUCGAAAGCCUUCACAAUUUCUUCGUCACCUUCGUUCUCUUGCUGGUCCAUCAGUUCUGCAAGACAAUUUGUUGCGACAACUUUGGUUGCGACGUUUACCAUCGAACGUUCAAGCAAUCCUUACAUCGAGAUCAGAUCUUUCUCCUGAUCAGCUUUCUGAGCUUGCUGAUAAAAUCGUUGAAGUUUCUCCACCACCAAUUCCUUUUGCUGUUCAUGCGACAUCAAAUAAUGACCAGAACCAAAAUUCACAAGCCCUUUUCGAAGCCAUUGACACUCUCACAAGACAAGUUGCCGAGCUAUCUUCGAAUAGAACUUUUCGAAAUCGCUCUAAGGCUCGAGGAAGACAAAAUUCAAGAAGCAGUUCUAAGUCUACUAAGAGAGAAGGAUGGUGUUGGUAUCACUCCAGAUACCAGCACAAUGCACGUAAGUGUAAUAAACCUUGCAGUUUUCAGGGAAACUUAAACAGCAGUCUGUAA